UUGCUUCCUGCCAGCUUGACCCUGCUCAGGUCCUGCUGCAGUCUGGAGCGCUGCUGACUGAUGACUGCAUCGCUGUGGAGUCUCCUGUCUGUCUGUCUGUCUGUCUGUCUGUCGGAGCUUUUCACACUUUUCUUCGGUCUUUCACGGAGCGUUUGUUCGGGAGCUGAAGCGUCACACGGGUUCGUCCAAGAUGUCUGUGGCCGGGCUGAAGAAACAGUUCCACAAAGCCAGUCAGAAAAAUGGCAGUUCAACAUGGCGGGCUCCAUGGAAGAGGACCUGCUCUCGCUGUAGAUGUUGAGGGCUCGUUUGAAUCUUGUGUUUAGCUCCUCAGUGAAAAGAUCAGCGGGGUGGAGGGGACGAAGCUGGAUGAAGACUUCAUGGAGAUGGAGAGGAAAAUUGAGGUGACCAACAAGUCGGUGUUUGACCUCUUGUCCAAAACGACAGAAUACCUCCAGCCUAACCCAGCCUCUCGAGCCAAACUGAACAUGCUGAACACGGUGUCUAAGAUCCGAGGCCAGGUGAAGACCACAGGUUACCCUCAGACUGAAGGCCUGCUGGGAGACUGCAUGCUGCGCUACGGCCACGAGCUGGGAGAGGACUCUGUCUUUGGCUGCGCUCUGGUGGAUAUGGGUGAGGCCAUGAGGCAAAUGGCAGACGUGAAGGACUCCCUGGACAUAAAUGUCAAACAAAACUUUAUUGACCCCCUGCAGAAUCUACAGGACAAGGACCUCAAGGAGAUCACGCACCACCUGAAGAAACUGGAGGGCCGCCGGUUGGACUUCGACUAUAAGAAGAAGCGUCAGGGGAAGAUUCCAGACGAGGAGAUUCGGCAGGCUGUGGAGAAGUUUGAGGAGAGCAAGGACCUCGCUGAGAGAAGCAUGUUCAACUUCCUGGAGAAUGAUGUGGAGCAGGUGAGCCAGCUGUCGGCACUGAUCGAGGCGGCUGUCGAGUACCACCGGCAAUCAUGUGAAAUCCUGGAGGAGCUCAGUGUGAAGCUGCAGAACACGAUAUCUGCAGCCAGCAGUCGGCCCAAGAGAGAGUUCAAAUCAAAGUCCAUUCAGAGCAGCAUCGACACUCUGGACAACAGUCAGCACAACGGCCUGUCCUACAGCUCCUCUAUCAAAUCCACAGAUAUUCAGAUCAACCACACAGUCAAUGGGAAAACCGAUCAUAUAACCUCUGUUCCACUGUCAUGGCCUGAGAGCCCAACGACCAAUGGCAAUAUUGACCAGUCAGAGGUGUUGGACCAGCCGUGCUGUCGCUCACUUUACGACUUUGAGCCGGAGAACGAGGGCGAGCUGGGCUUCAAGGAGGGCGACAUCAUCAUCCUCACCAACCAGAUAGACGAGAACUGGUACGAGGGUAUGAUCAACGGCGAGUCCGGCUUCUUCCCCAUCAACUACGUGGAGGUCAUCGUCCCCCUGCCUCAGUGAAGACCGGCACCUCAAGUCUCUCUGUGGGCUCCCUCCUGCCUCGUCACACACUCACACUCUCUCCGUCCUCAGCUCGACUCAGGACUGAAAAUACUACAGGACCAGCUCGACCCGAAGCUGGAGAAAAAAUAUCUGUCUUUUUUCAAAGCGAGCCUGAGAGGUAGUAGUUUUGUCCUUAGCCAACUUAAGAGUCGCUGAUUAGUUUGUUUUCUCCGUUGAUAUUUAUGAAACUGAAACCAACUGAAACCCAAAGCAUUAAGUGGGACGCUCUUCCUGGUUGGUCAGACUGAGUUAAAAACAUCAAACUCCGUGAUCCAUCCCGUCAGCCUGUCUGACCCAAAUUCCUCUUGAAUUGUUUUUGCCCCAUUAGCACAAACUGAGGACAUUAAUGACUGCACUGUUUGUCACUACAAACACACUGUAUGCUUUUAAUUACAUUACAGUCACAAUAAGAACAUGAUAUACAUUUCAAGAUGCAUAUAGUUAGCCCAAAAAUGAAAGAUGCUUUGUAUUUAUGUACAGAUCCCCGCAGAGUGAUUCGACCUCUUGCAUACGAGCUAGUUAGGGCGCUAACAUAAUGCAAAGCACAAAUGUAGUCAUGCAGAGGAUGAAAGGAAAAAACAACGGGGAUGAUUGGACUUAAAUGAAAUACAAUUGAAAUUUACGGUGACCCCUUUUAACUUACUAACUAAUUGCAUGUUGAAAAAGCCUCCACAUUUUAUCAUCUGCCCAAGAAGAUUUCAAUAUGGCCGCCGCUGUCCUACACUCCACUGAUGUUUUGUAUUUUAAAAAGAAUCUUAUGUUCAGUUUGAGGCCUUCAAGUGAAGUAUUGCCAAAGUUCAAGAAUCAUUUUUACAGCUCUUCUUCUUGUUUUCUUCGUCUUGGUCGUCAUUUCUGUCAGUAAUUAUCACAGUGUACUUAUCAAGUUAUUGCUCAUAUUGGGAGCAUGGCGGUCAUGGCUAUAAAUACCAGCAACAGACAACUAAUGUUGCUCUUAGCGAUGAACCCACAGCGUCACCUGCACGUCAGCUCAGCUCAGUUCAGAGAGUCAAAAAACAGUUUUUAUUUUAUUUGGAUCAACUGUCGCCUCGAUACAACCUGUGAUCGUCUGACUGCUCGUGUUGCAGUAAUAUUGCCACAUCCCCAGAUUUCUGCAUCACUUUUGUGAGUACAAUGUUAUCAUAACUGACAGAAAUGAUCACCGACAUUAUGAAAAUAACACCCAAGUUUAAAGAAUUAUCCUUUAAAAUGUGAAGUCAAACACUGAUCCCUGUGGACUUUAGCUCGGCGGCUCUCGUCCUUUCAGCACAAACAUUCCUUUUUUAAAAUUUUAUACAUGCUUUUAUUUAGUGAACAUUUCCAGCCACUGUUCUUGAACACCCAGCUCACAGAGUUUGAAAGCCUCACAUUCACGCUGGGAUCAUGGCGGACCGUACAUGAUGUGUGUUUUGUGUUGUAACUCUGCACCUUUGUGUUGGCGUCCUUCCUCCUCCCCACACUGCCUCUGCCUGUCUGCCUGCUGUGCUCUUAAGUGUUUCCCAGAACACGUCGUUAGGACUGCAAGGAACUGAAGUGAACUGUCUCUCUGAAUGUCCCUCUCUCUGUUUACAUGCUCUGACCUGUGACUUAAUGUAAGGACUCUGCUCUGCGCUCUGUCUCAUAGGGAUGAAUACAUUGUCACACUGAAAGUGCUUUUUGAAAUGUCGUCUGUAUUGCACUGAAGCUUUAGACACUACCUACCACUUCUUUUAAUGGAUGUGCACCUUUUUGUUCCAUUUUGUUUAAUUCACCUCAUCUAAUCAUGUAUCAGAUAUGUAAGUCAAAAUGGUAGAUAUUUAGAUUUAUAUAAUCACAGAUGGUCUUCGUCCUGUACUAUAACCAAUCCACCAUCUUAAUUAUGUCAGCGUAGAUUGGGAAAAUGCUUGUAUCACAUCUUAAUCAGAUGUAGCCAGAGUCUGUAGUAGAUGAUCCCGUUACCUUGUGAAACUCAUUUAUUAGCUUGUGAUAGGCUGUAGGAUAAGUCCAGGCCUGCAGUCACCAUGUGGCUCUGCUUCAGACGUGUUCUUUAUGAAGUCCCAUCACAGUGGGAGUUGGUAGCCUGAUAACCAGCAGUUGUCUCUCCUCACAGCUGUGGAGUAUUCAGUUAAACGUCACCGGACGGGAGAGCGCACCGUAAAUUCUCGAAUAGAUUAUUAUUUAUUUAUCUCAGCUUCAGAGAAAACCAGACCUUAACUUGAAACGUUAACUUUAACUGUCCUGUUUGAUUUGAUUUGAGUGAGAAGACUUCCUGUCUUCUAAUCUAAUCACAGCUUGCUCUUUGUUUAACAGUAGUCUGGAUGACCUGUCAGGAUUGUCUACUUUUCCACCUGCACAGCAACAGCAACAUGUCACACUCAACACUCUGCUGCUCUGUUUCUCUGCUUUCAUUUCUCAUGAACAAAGUUAAACUACGUUAACAUCAGCCUGUAGGAUCAUUACAAAGAAAUGAUUUAAAGAAACAAGUGAAAUGUGAACACAGAAAAGAUAUCUGCUCUUCUCGAGGGGCUUUUACUUUGAAACAUUUGCAGGAAGUGUUAAAGUUCCAGUGUGUAGGAUUUAGUGGCACCCAGCAGUAAAGUCGCAGAUUGCAACCCCGUGAAUACUCUCCCAUGUCUCACCCUCUCCUUCCAAGCAUGUAGGAGAAACUCUGGCUGCCAAAGCCAUAUCAGGUAAUAAAAGCCAUAUCUAGAUCAGCUGUAGUUUGUCUGCACUGAGCUACUGUACAAACAUGGUAGUUCAACAUGGCGGACUCUAAUGAAUAUUAUAUUUAAUUUCUGCAAAGAAAUACUCUCAAAUCUUACACACUGGACCUCUACAUUUCAUUGAUAGUAACUUGGUUAAAAGAAAUCCAUUAAUUUGGACUAAUUAGUGAAUGAAAACAGUGUUUGUGUUAAGAAGAUAAAGUGACUUUGAUGUUGGACUGAUGGAUGUGGAAACGUGACGAGACAUCAGCCCAUCACUAGCCUUUAUUUAUUCACUGAAAUGAUUUGAUUUAGUUUGAGAAUUUUCAGCACAAUAUUCUCAUGAGCAUUCCCGCCACACGUGUGAGCAUUUCCUUCUUUUUUCCACAGAGAGUCACAUGACAUUAACUCCAGACCUAAACAAAGUUUGGCUGUUUGUCCUGACUCCUACUCGACAGACAUUCUUAAUCUACAUAAUGUCACUUUUAUCGGACGUGGACCAACUCUACUUUAUAUACAACAGCGAGAACAUAAAGAACGUGUAUUGGAUAAUUACUGUUAGCUUGUAAUUGCUUAAAUGUUGGAGAUGUUGCAUGAUGAUUUUAGGUUUUUUUUAAACAUUGUUAUUUUAGAUUUUGAAUACUGGGGAGCUGUUAGCAUCAGGUGCUAUCUGCAAAACAGGAAUGUCCAUGAGAAGGUUUAUUCGUGCCGUCAGUCUUCAGAAAAGAUCCGAAAAACAUCUGAUGCAGUUAUCAUGAAACAAGUGGAAGCAGCCAUACAAAGUGUCCAUGUCCAAAGUGUUUGUUUACAUAUUUAAGACUGAUGAACCUCUUUUAAAUGAUUAUGUUUUUGCCAUUAGCCCCGCCGUAUGAAUGACUGACUCUUUGAUACACUAAAACAAGAUCUCUCUCUCAACACUGUACCUCUGUUUGCCUUUGCGCUCCACAAAAGUCUCUUCUCAGUGUCACAUUUUAAAAACCAACUUCUCGACAGAGGAAACUGGCUGCGCAGUUCUGUGUUUUAUUUUUUCAGUAGCAUAAUUUAUGCAAAAGGUGUUUUAUAGAUGUUGUAAAUGAAUAUAUGAAUAAAUAUAUUGCAUAAAUAAAUGACAAGCAAAUAUGGA